AUGAGCCCGUUCCUACUAAUUAUUUCGUUUCUGCUUAUUUGGAUAGGAACGGACGUAAACAUGCUGAAAACAAGUGAUCAGGAUCCAGAACACAUUACAAAUCUGUUCUUGACUCCAACCAAAGACGUUCUUUCAAAUAAUGUGAUAUCAUCAGGUGGCCAACUAAUAAUCGAAGAUGCAGCGGCUCCAGUUAUAUUUAAUGGUCACUAUUACUAUUGGGAUCACACAUAUUUCAACAUAAAUCACAACGAUCUUAAGAAAUGCAUUAUUGAAAUCAACUCCACUAAUGAUGCCUAUCUCAAUGAGAGUGGCACAUUGCCGCCGUCGGCAGAAAGUGAAAUGAAUUACGAUGUAAUUGCGCAAGCGUUUGUGCAUUUGGUACCAGCUCGAGAUGUGGAACUAGUAUUUAUAAAUGGCACAAAGCCAGAAGUUAUUGUUUUUGGUUGUGGAACGCUCGAAUUUUGCAAUGACUUUGAAUGUAGUAGUAUUCCUCUAGAUGUAUUAAAGUGUAGUGCUGUUAUUCUUAUUUUGGCUGCUGUGUUAGGCUACACAUUUUUUCGUGUGAAAAAGAAGCAAAUUAUUUCAGCAAGUGAAUGCGAAAGUAUGGCCCGUCUUCACUGGACGUGCGAGCCCCAGCAUCUCUUCCACUCGUUUUGUUCCCUCGCCAUUGUCAUGCAAGAUGUUCUCAAGUUUUCGAACACGUCAUCCCAUCUCGUUGACGGUCUUCCUCAAGGGCGUUUAGCAUCUCUUGGGAUCUACUCUAGCGUUCUUUUGGUCCAUCCAUCGUCGAUUCUUGUCAAGAUGUGA